AUAUAACUAUAUAACUUUCCAUCCAGGCUUUAUUAAACUGUUUUAAUUAAAUCAGUAGAACCUUAUCAUGUAGGAACAAGCACAAACACUAAAUCACAUGUUGUUGACUGAAGGAAAGCUGCUCUCUCUCUCAGCCCGUUUUAGUGAUUCAUUAGAGCCCAAGACAACCUUUGACACCAGGUCGGUUUGCAGUGCAUGCUGGGUAAGUGGGUAAGUGAGCAGUGGGUGUGUGAAGUGACACCACAACUGGUUGGGUGGGUUUUGGGAGCUGAAUCAACUUGCUGCAGCAGAGAGAGAGUGAAGCGUUCACACAGAGCAGAUCAUGGCGGCCUGCCCUCUUACCACCCACGUGCUGAACACCGGCGAUGGCGUCCCGGCAGCCAGGAUGGCUCUCAGCCUGCACCGACUCGACUCCAAGCUGAUGAUCUGGAACAUGCUGACCGUCGGGACUACGAACGAUGAUGGCCGCUGCCCAGGACUCGUCAGCAGAGAAGCUUUCACUCCCGGCAUGUACAAGUUGCGCUUUGAGACGGGUUCAUACUGGGAGAGUCUGGGUCAGAACUCCUUCUACCCGUAUGUAGAGGUUGUGUUCACCAUCAGUGACCCGGGUCAGAAGUUCCACCUCCCUCUGUUAAUGAGUCGGUUCUCCUACAGCACCUACAGAGGAAGCUGAGAGCUCAGAGGAAGAGCGGCUGCAGCUUCAACACACUGUGACCACAGAUAGAGACGUUUCCUCUGUCCUGAAGUAGAUAUUAUGAUGUGAACUCAUCCACUGGUCUUUAUCAUCGCAGUUUCUGAGAGUCCAGUUGUAAAUUUUUGUUACAUUUACUGACUGACAGACAGAGAAUACAAUGUGUUUUUAUAUAUGUACAGUUGGUGUGACAUGAGCAUCUUAUCAUCAUCAUCAUCAUUAUUAUUAAUGUAACUGUAGAUUGAGUAGCAUAAGCAAAUAUUUAAGAUUUCACUUUUGUCCACUAAAGAUCAAGUGAUGUUUUAUUGCUUAAAGGAUGGAUUCACAAUUUUUCAAGUGUCUUAAAACAACAGUAGUUGAUGCUAAA